AUGACUCUUAGGGUUAUCGCCCUGGCUUCCUUGCUGGUAGCCGCAAGUGCAAUGCCAGGCUUUUAUCAGAGCUAUCAGGCUCCAGGACCUUCCCUCGGUGGUUCUGCAGGAGCCAGUUUCCUCCGACCUUCCAUCAACAUCGGAGGGGCUAUUUCUGCUAGAACCUACAGCUCAUCUAGCGCUCCUGGACAUAACUACAACUAUAACUCCAUCGCCUUUGGUAACGAUUUCGGCAACGAGGAGGACCUCGACGGAUACAACACUCAGGGAUCCUACUAUGUGCACCUUCCCGACGGUCAUCUGGAGAGGGCCACCUACACUGCCAACGAUGACCAAGGAUACAUGGCUCAGAUGACGUACGGAGGAAUGGCCUUCUCCCACCAGGUUAUCGCCCUGGCUUCCUUGCUGGCAGUCGCAAGUGCAAAGCCAGGCCUUUCUCAGAGCUAUCAGGCUCCAGGAUCUUCCUUCGGUGGUUCUGCAGGAGCUGCCAGUUUCCUCCGACCUGCCGCAGGACCUGCCAUCAACUUCGGAGGAGCUGCUUCUGCUGGAGGCUACAGCCCUCCUGUCGCUCCUGUAACUCGUCCUCAGUAUAACUUCAACUAUGACGUCAACGCCUUCGGUAACGAUUUCGGCCACCAAGAGGGCCGCGACGGAUACAACACUCAGGGAUCCUACUACGUGCAGCUUCCCGACGGUCGUCUGCAGAGGGUCACCUACACUGUCAACGGCGACCAAGGAUACGUGGCUCAGGUGACGUACGAGGGAGUGGCUCAGUACCCUGCCUUCCAGCCGUCUGCCUCCUACUCGCCCUCACCUUCGUAUGGUUAGGGUUUGCAAGCCAAGUAACAUAAUGUACCGAAUGUUAUGUAUCCAUCCGUUCGUUUUUUUGUUUUUUUUCUUCUGAUAAAUAUCAGCCUGACAAAAUAAAACUACUUCACUUCCAAA